AUGAAGAUCAACUUUUACGAGCAGGGCGCAUGGUUCCCCCUUCGGCCGCAGCGACGCGAAGUCAGCCGCACUUCGACCCCAAAUUUCCUUUCUCUUCUUGCAUCAUUCGCGUAUAAAGCUCUCAGGGAAAUCGCGACCUACAAAUGUCUUACCAUGCCGCCGUGGCUGUCUGACUUGGUCUUGGACACCCAAAUUCGUGUCGAGUUCGACUCUCAGGUGGUCUAUCGCUUCACCUUCGAGUCAGCGAGAGUCUCCGGAAAGUAUGUUAGACGUCAAGAAAGGAGACAAGCUUGGAAAGAAGACAGAUUUCUCGGGGAUGGCUCCUUUGGUGACGUCUAUCUACACCAGUGUUCCUCUAGCGAAAAUGAGACCCAACUUCAGGCUGUCAAGACGAUUGACAAGGCCCGCAUGGCCAAGCAGAAGAUUGACAUUUACAAAGAGAUAGAAGCAAUCGCGAAAUUCUCUCAACAAAAAGUUCGUCCUCUAAUCAUUCCUACGUGGAUCUUGCUGAUCUUGAGUAUAUAG